CGGUCAAACUGGCCCUUCAGGACCCCAAGUGGAAAGCAGCGAUGGAUGAUGAAUUUCUUGCUUUACAACGCAAUAAAACUUGGGACCUAGUUCCUCGUGGUUCUCACACUCCCAUCUCAUGCAAAUGGCUUUUUCGGAUCAAACGAAAAGCUGAUGGUACCAUUGAAACAUUCAGUGCUUACAACAACCGGGUCGGGAUUACAAUGAAACAUUCAGUCCAGUUACUAAACCUGCAACUGUUCGCAUAGUACUCACUAUUGCACUUGCGCGUAAUUGGGAGCUUCGUCAACUUGACGUGAACAACGCUUUUCUUCAUGGCACACUUUCUGAAGAAGUGUAUAUGACUCAGCCCUCGGGAUACAUUGAUGCUGAACACCCGACACAUGCGUGCCGCCUCCGUAAGGCGUUAUAUGGCUUAAAGCAAGCCCCACGUGCAUGGUACCUCGAAUUAUCUCGGUUUCUUAUUGCUAUGGGCUUCCAUAAAUCUCGGGCCGAUAAUUCUUUGUUUAUCUACUCCCACUCCGGCACCAUAUUAUAUUUCCUUGUUUAUGUUGACGAUAUCGUCUUAACAGGGAACUCACCAGCAGCUAUCAAUUGAUUUGUUCAACAGCUUACGUCCAAAUUUUCUGUUAAAGAUUUAGGGGCCUUACAUCAUUUUCUCGGUAUUGAGGUAAUUCCUACAAAAGAGGGCUUAUUUUUAUCUCAACGGCAAUACAUUCAGAAUAUUCUUGAGAGUUGUGCCAUGACAGGAGCAAAGGAGUCAGUCACUCCAAUGAGCUCUUCUCUUCCUAUUCAACUGGCGGAUGGCUCUCCCCCUACCGAUUCUACUAGGUAUCGCCGAACACUUGGCCUGUUACAAUAUCUAGCGUUCACUAGACCGGACAUUGCUUUUGCAGUAAAUCGCUUGUCUCAAUACAUGCAUAGCCCAUCUGAACUUCACUGGCAGGCUGUAAAACGCAUUCUCAGAUAUUUAAAAGGGACUAUACAUUAUGGUCUCUUUCUGCAUCGCUCCACUCCCUUGCAUCUUUCUGCGUUUUCUGACUCCAGCUGGGGAAAUAUUUGUGACGAGGGUCGUUCAACAACUGCUUAUGCCAUUUACUUGGGUUCCAACGUCAUUUCAUGGAAAUCAGCCAAGCAAAAGUGUGUCUCAAGGUCUUCUACCGAGGCUGAAUAUAGAGCUGUGGCAAAUGCGAGUGCGAAAUCCUUUGGGUUCGUAAUAUUCUUUGUGAACUGGGCAUAUCUCUUAAAUCCACUCUUACACUUUUUUGUGAUAAUCAAGGUGCCACAUAUGUCUGUGUCAAUCCAGUUUUUCACUCACGUAUGAAACACCUAGCACUUGAUUUUUACUUUGUUCGUGAUUUAGUGGAGCAAGGACAGCUCAAAGUCUGCCAUAUAUCUACCAAGCUGCAAAUUGCCGAUGUUUUGACCAAACCCUUGGGAAAAGACAUGUUCCAUAAAUUCAGGUCCAAGCUGGGAGUUUCCAACAGAACCUCCAUCUUGCGGGGACGUAUUGGAUCAUAAAAUAUAGUCACGUUAUUAUUAUUAUAUUAUUACGUGUACAUUAUUAUUUGUACUUAUCAUGUACUGUCUUUGUACUUAUCAUCUCAUGCUCCUUAGGAUCAGCAUGUACGUUCCUAGUUAGUUAUUAGGAGUUCUUAUCCUUUAGCUCCUGUCAUGUAUAUAUAUUCAUCCACAAGUGUACGUAUGAAUACAUGAAAUACAAACUCAUUGAACAGUAAAA